UCCGGCAGCUGCCAACUAUCACAGUCACUGCCUUGAAAUCCUCAUCUCAUAAAGGCUGCGCACGUAUUAACGAGCUCGUUUCCUUUCUCUUCCAUCUCGAAAAUCAGUCGAACGACAAUGUGGAAUAAUAACUCAGGACCUCCCCCUUUCCCAACUGCUCAAAGAGGGUACCAACCUGGCUACGCUCCAUCUUACGGUCCACCAGCCGGCCAUCCAUCUCCACCACAUGGUUAUGGACCUCCUCCUGGACCUCCUCCUUCCUCGGGCUACCCAGGAAGCGGGCACUACGGACCGCCCCCAGGACCUCCACCACCUGGCUACGGUGCACCUUUAGGUCCACCCCCUGGCCCCCCUCCAAUCCAAAGGAACUCUUACCCCGGGCAACAAUACCACCAGACUCACCACCAGACUCACGGUGGUGGAGGUGGAGGUGGAGGAUAUCCCGGACAGAACUACGCGCAACAGUUCCACCCGCAUGGUCCUCCGCCUAGACCCCCUACCCAGCAGCAACACUACGGACCCCACUUCCAAGGCCCAAACCACGAAGAUCACCAACCUUACUUCCAGUACUCUCAGUGUAACGGAAAGAAAAAAGCUCUCUGCAUCGGUAUCAAUUACAUCGGUCGUUCGGGAGAGUUGAGUGGUUGUAUCAACGACGCGCAGAACAUGUCUCGUUUCCUUUGCACUCAUUUCGGAUACAAGAAAGAAGAUAUUGUCAUGCUCACCGAUGAUGCACCCAAUCCCCGCCAACGACCUACCGGACAGAAUAUCAUCCAAGCAAUGCAAUGGCUGGUCAGGGGAGCCGCUCCCAAUGAUUCUCUAUUCUUCCAUUAUUCUGGCCAUGGUGGUCAAACAAAGGACCUGGACGGCGAUGAAGAGGACGGUUCUGAUGAAGUCAUCUAUCCUCUCGACCAUGAAGCGAACGGCCACAUUGUCGAUGAUAUAAUUCAUGAUAUUCUGGUGAAACCUCUUCCGCCAGGGUGUAGGUUGACGGCCAUUUUUGACUCUUGUCACUCUGGAUCUGCUAUGGAUCUUCCAUACAUUUACUCGACCGAAGGUAAAAUCAAGGAGCCCAAUCUGGCUGCCGAAGCUGGUCAAGGUUUACUCUCGGCUGUGACAUCUUACGCUCGCGGUGAUAUGAGUGGUGUGAUGACAUCAGCUAUGGGUCUCCUCAAGUCCGCCACCGGCCAAAACCAGAAGGCCCAGAAGAAGGCUCGCGAGACGAAGACGAGUCCUGCCGACUGUAUCUCCUUGAGUGGGUGUAAAGACUCUCAAACGAGUGCUGACACUGUUGAGGCUGGCAGUGCUACUGGUGCGAUGAGUUAUGCUUUCAUCACAACUCUUUCUACCAAUCCCCAGCAAAGCUACAUGGAACUCCUGAACAACAUCAGGGAUAUCCUUCGAAGCAAGUACAGCCAGAAACCUCAGUUGUCGUCUUCGCACCCAAUCGAUACGAGCAUCAUGUUUAUCUGCUAAGUAAAUCGCAGAUGGUCGGUAUGCUGUAUUAUGGUAAAACGCUUGUAACAGGAUUCGGAAUAAAUGACUGCACUUUCACUGAUUCACUGCACUUCCCUCAAAGCGGUCGCGCAACGCAACAAUGGCGUAACGAGAAUAGCUGGGAGGUAGUCAUGUUUGUAGUUUCGUCUUCGAUGGCGCGUUUUGUGGAGUUGUGAUACAAGAAAAUCGUCGGCC